CACAGUACUGUCGUUUUUUCCCCACCGGCGCUAGAAAAGCAACCACGAACGUAGUCUUGUGGGAGAAUCCAUCUUAAAGAGAGCACUCCAGUUGCGUGGUUAGCGAACAAUUCUGCUACUUUACUUUAAACAAUCCUUUUUCCCCACUCAAUUGGCAACUGUAUUAGUACAAAAUGGCCGAUAUCGAGCAACAGUACAUGGAGACCUCAGAAAACGGCCACGAAGUCGACGACUUUAAUGGAGGCGACCAGGCGGAAGGGAACGACAGCAGUGUCUGUGGUGGCGCAGGGCCCGACGCGGACGACAAUUCGCAAAACGGCGGCACAGAAGGUGGUCAGAUCGACGCGAGCAAAGGCGAAGAGGAUGCGGGGAAAAUGUUUGUUGGUGGCCUCAGCUGGGACACGACCAAGAAGGAUCUCAAAGAUUACUUCUCCAAGUUUGGCGAGGUGUCAGACUGCACCAUCAAAAUCGACCAGACGACAGGCCGGUCACGAGGAUUUGGCUUCAUUCUUUUUAAAGAUCCCGCUAGUGUAGAAAAGGUUCUUGAACAGAAGGAGCACAGGCUGGACGGACGACAGAUUGACCCCAAGAAGGCUAUGGCCAUGAAGAAAGAUCCAGUCAAGAAGAUUUUUGUGGGGGGUCUUAACCCUGACACAGCGAAGGAGGUCAUUGAGGAAUACUUCAAAACAUUUGGAGAGAUCGAGACAAUUGAGCUUCCUCAAGAUCCCAAGACUGAAAAGAGGAGAGGUUUUGUCUUCAUCACAUACCAGGAAGAGGCUCAUGUGAAGAAAGUCAUGGAGAAGAAGUAUCACACUGUUGGUGGAAGCAAGUGUGAAAUUAAGAUCGCUCAACCCAAAGAGGUCUAUCAGCAGCAGCAGUAUGGCGCUCGCGGAUACGGUGGUGCACGUGGCAGGGGAGGUCGUCCAGGCCAGGGCCACAACUGGAAUCAAGGUUACAACAACUACUGGAACCAAGGAGGAUACAACCAGAACUAUGGCUAUGGACAGCAAAGCUAUGGCGGCUACGGUGGCUAUGGCGGCUAUGACUACUCUACUGGUUAUUACGGCUAUGGGGGUGGCUACGAUUACAACCAGGGCAAUACAAGCUAUGGGAAAACUCCAAGACGUGGCCACCCGAGUAGCUACAAGCCAUACUGAUCACACGUAGUGCAGGUCUAACGUAAAUAAGAAAGAGAUCCAUGGUCAGACCACAGCGAACAUGGGCUCUGGCUUUUCCUUUGGAGUUGGCAGAAAAUUUGGACUCAUGCUCCAUUUGUACAGAUCAAGUGAGGAACUGGGGAAGCAAAUGUCACUUUUCCACUUUUUAUUUUAUAUUGUUUUGUGUCCAUUUACAUUUCCAGUGACGGAAGUGUUAUUUUUACUGUACUUUUUGGUACCUUUUUGAAUCUAAUGUAUUGUAUGGUUGUAUUUUUACAUGUCUACUGGAUUUACAGACAAAACAGCAAGAGCUUUUAAAGCUCCCAAAUAAAACAAAUUAGGUUUUUUUUUUUCCUUUCAGUGUUUCUAGAUCUUUAGUUAUGUUCUCCCGUGCUGAGUGUUGGAUGCAAAUUGCAUGGCUUCGGCUGUGGGGUGAGGCAAAAAUAAGGGAUUGAAACCAAUCAAAGGUUCAUUGUAAGCGUGUUAAAUGAAUGUUUGCAGAUGGCCUAGUAGAAGACAACCAGCAUCAUUUUUUUUCCUUUCUUUUUUGGCUUUUAAGGAGUUUCUUCCCCCGUUUCGUGUUUGCAAUUUUUAAGUGGCUUUACUAGUGUGACACAACUGAACGCAAGCCUGUUAAAUGUAAGAGGGUACACCCUCUCUCACUGGAUACUCAUUCCUCUAGUGUCUUGGGCAAAUUGGUAGAAAUAAACUUUUGGUUUAUUACAAAUGGA